CGCGCACUUGCUUAUUAAGGAAGCAGAAAUAAUUUACGUGUUUCGUGUCCCAUUAUGAGCAAAACGCUGAGCGUCUGUAGUGAUAUAAGAAUAUAUAUAAAUAAAUAUUAAAGAGAAUUUUAAUAACAGCAUCAGGGUGUGAUCAGCUAUGGAGCUGAGUGAGUGUUCAGUUAGGGCCUUGCUGCGAGUGUUUGCCAAGGACUGCCUGGAGACACUGGUAUUCACGGAACAUGUAGAGCUGCAUGCCAAGAUGUGGGUCACUGUGGAUCACAUCAACAAGAUGGAAUAUGAGUUCAAACACUUAUUUGCACCGUGUGAUGUAGCAACCUACAUUGACUAUCAGCAUGUACAGGAGACUAUGACAGACCCAGUGGAGAUGGUUGCCUUGGAAACCAUGACAGACCCAGUACAGAUGGUCGAUGCAGAAUGCCAGACAGAGGUGGUCAAGACAGAAUUAGAUGGGUUUGCAGACACUGAGACAGACAUGAACUCCAUGAAAGAGGUCAAGGUUGAGGUCGUGUCUGAAGAUGAACACCUCGAAAGUGAGGAGGUUACCAAGGUGAUGCCUGCCUCUCCUGCAGAACGAGACACAACGGACAGGAAGAAAACUGACAGCGAGACUGUCUGCCUGCUUUGUCCUGCCAAGUUUAAGUCUGGGGACACAGAGCCAUUAGAGGAGCAUUUGAGGACCAGUCAUGAUGUCGGCAACCAGUAUAGCUGUCCAAUGUGCAAGCAAAUAUGUAUGUCAAAGGUCGCCCUUGCCGACCAUGUUACUCAAGCACAUUGUAAGAACGAGUCUUCAAAAGUGGCAAAGAUAAACGAGCCUUCCAAACUGGCAAAGAAAAACGAGCCUUCCACGUUGGCAAUGAGGAAGAUCCACGCUCAAAAGAAACAAGCACUCAGGGUAUCUGAUGGAAGUGAUACGGAUGAUGAUUAUUUGCUCAAAUCUAGUCUCCUGAUAAGAAUUAAUAAAAAAGGAAAGAAAAUUGUCAAACCCAAGGCGAAGAAGAAAAAUAUCAAGAAAAAACAGAAAGCCCCUAAGAAAGAAACAAUUGUUGUCCCUAAGAAAGAAAAAAUUGUUGUCCCUAAGAAAGAAAAAAAUGUUGUCCCUAAGAAAGAAAAAAAUGUUGCCCCUAAGAAAGAAAAAAAUGUUGAUGAUUUAGAAAAUGGGAUUGAAAUUAAAAAAGAAGGUGAAAUGAAAGAAGAUGAUGAAAAGGAAUCUAGGGUUAUGGCAGACCCAUUAUAUGUGCCUGAGCCGAAUUCAGAAAUCAAGGUGAAGUGCAUCGAAUGUGGUAAGCUGUACAAGUCAAAGCGCGCACUCCGUCGCCACUUUAACACGACGCACACAACCAAUUCUCACGUGUGCGAGAUUUGUGGACACAGCUUUAGGGGCAAAGAGUCCCUUUAUCACCACAAGAGAGGUAUCCAUGACAACGCUAAAGUUUACAAGUGCCCCGAGCCUGAUUGUGAUGCGUCUUUCAAUUUCAGCCACAGCCUGCGCCUGCAUAGGCUGAAGCACACAGGGGCUAGGCCUCACAUGUGCAACGUUUGUGGCAAGACAUACCUGACUGGGUAUCAUCUCAAGGUUCACAUGCAGGCUACCCACUCUGAGAAGAAAAUUUUCGCGUGUAAAAUGUGUGACAAGACAUUUUCGUAUUCUACCAGCCUAAAGAUGCAUGAGGCCACGCAUAAGCCUCAAGAUAGGGUUAAAUGUGACGCUUGUGAUAAAUCAUUUGUUAAUAAUCAGGCUUUGAAGUACCACGUUAUGUCAAAGCACACAGAGGCAGGGCAUUACCCGUGCGAGGAAUGCGGGAAGGUGUGCAAGUCAGAGCUGAUGUUGCGCACGCACAUGAGGCGUCAUAGCGUCGAUAAUGCACGCUUCAUGUGCGAUAUAUGUGGGCGCCAGUUUAUGUACAAGUCUGCGUUGGAGAUGCACAGGGCUGUUCAUAGAGAUGACAAGAACUAUAAGUGUAAGACGUGCGGCAAAUCCUUCAAGACCUACCCUACCCUGUACAGUCAUCAGUAUGUGCACAGGCAAGACUCACCAUUCACAUGCAGCACGUGUGGAAAAUCAUUCAAAACCAAAGAGCGGCUUAAAGCACAUGAAAAACGCCACACGGGUUUGAAGCCGUUUGAGUGUCAAAUUUGUCAACACUGCUUUCCGGAUAAUGGAGGUCUGUCAAAACAUCUUAGAACUGUGCACGCAAAGGUGAAGAAAUUUGUCUGUGAUAUUUGUGGGAAAGCCACAUCAAGGGCAGAUAACUUGAGAGUCCAUAUGAAAGUUCAUAUGAAAGGAACUGAUUAUACCCCGAAAAAAUCCAGAGAGUCGAGGCAUAAUACAGAUCCACAAAAUAAAGUUCCUGUACACAAUGCCUUUCCAGGUGACCAGGACAGCAAAGGGAGAAUGGAAAUCUUGUUUGACGAUGACUCUCAUUCCUCUAGCAACCACUACACAGCCCGGGACUAUGAACCUAACAUGCCCAAUUUCCCGACCCUGGACCCUGUCCAGAUUGCUUCAACCACCAACGAUCAGAGCAUGCCUCUGAACCUUCAUUACAACCAGGGAAACAGUGGCGGGCAUCUGGCGGCCCUAGGGGGCCUGCAGUCUCACAUCAUGGUGAACCGCUCCAUGCCGGCCACAUCCCAGGGGGGCCAGGGACACCACCAGGCACACAAUGCUGUGAUGGCAGUGCCGGGAAUCAAUCCAUCCCAGUUCAUGUAUCCCUGGCCUUACGUGUAUGGGCAUGCUGUGGCACCUGGCAUGGGGCCAAGUCAGCAGCAGCAGCAGCAACAGAGCAGCUCUAAUGGGUGGAUGACACCGGAGAAUACUUGAUGCCUUGCAGCUGUCUAAUAGACCUUUGCUAUCUAAUGGACAUAAUAGCUAUCUAAUGGAAAUUAUUGCUGUCUGAUGGGCCUUCUAGCUGUUUGAUGGGCCUUCUUACUGUCUAAUGGGUAGGUGACACCUGAGAACACCUCGUGCCUUCUUUCUGUAGGGACACAUCAGUGCUUAAUACCAACCCUGCCCCUGGAUUACAUGAUUGAAAAACAAAUAUGUAUACAGUAGUUUAUAUUUUGUAAAGGGGGCUUAAUGCAUGUUUAUAAAAUGUCAUCCCUGAUUAGGCAAAAGCCUCUUCAGACACUUUACGCACAUGCAUUAAGGCAAGUUACACAGAGCAAGGCUCAUAUAGACAUCUAUUGCUGGGUAUUUGUUACACAGAGCAAGGCUCAUAUAGACAUCUAUUGCUGGGUAUUUGUUACACAGAGCAAGGCUCAUAUAGACAUCUAUUGCUGGGUAUUUGUUACACAGAGCAAGGCUCAUAUAGAUAUCUAUUGCUGGGUAUUUGUUACACAGAGCAACGCUCAUAUAGGCAUCUAUUGCUGGGUAUUUGUUACACAGAGCGAGGCUCAUAUAGACAUCUAUUGCUGGGUAUUUGUUACACAGAGCAAGGCUCAUAUAGACAUCUAUUGCUGGGUAUUUGUUACACAGAGUAAGGCUCAUAUAGACAUCUUUUGCUGGGUAUUUGUUACACAGAGCAAGGCUCAUAUAGGCAUCUUUUACUGGGUAUUUGUUACACAGAGCAAGGCUCAUAUAGACAUCUAUUACUGGGUAUUUGUUACACAGAGCAAGGCUCAUAAAGGCACUUUUUACUGGGUAUUUGUUUCACAGAGCAAGGCUCAUAUGGACAUUUAUUGCUGGGUAUUUGGUACACAGAGCAAGGCUCAUAUAGACAUAUAUUGCUGGGUAUUUGUUGCACAGAGCUAGGCUAGCAUUUAUUGCUAGCUAUUUUUGUUAGAAACUUUUUGACAUUUGUUAGGGUAUUUUAUGAAGAAAUGUCUUGAUAUGUGUUAGGCCAUGUUGUUUAAUACAUAGGGAAAAUGGAAAAGUAAGCCCUUAAUAAAUGAUACAAUUCUAUAUAUUUUUUUCAGAAAGUACAGGUAGUUAAAGAUAUUCCAAUAUUUUAUAGUGAUGGAAAGACUAUUUGCAUAUUUAAUAAUCACAUUAUCAAAAGAAAAGCUGAAAAGCAUUAAUUCAUCAAUUUGGGUUACAGAAAUAAUGUCCUUAUUAAAGUAUUUUCCUUAAACAUCAACCUCAUUUCAUUUUUCACCAACGGUUACCAAAAAAAGUUAUAUAAAUGGUCCAUACUAAUUCUGUACCAAUUGAAACUGGUGUAAUAAGAAUAUGUAUUAUAAUUUAAUUAUUUUGUUUACAUUCAAGAGGAUUUGAAUGAUUUGUUUUUAAUGUUUUUUUGAACUUUUACCAGUUGAUAAUGAAUACAGAAAUUACUUAUCUUUUGUAUUCAAUUAUAAUUAUAUCUUAUUCAAAUCAUGGAUUUUUUAAUUCCUUUUUGAUAACUAUAAUUAUUGAAUGUUAUUGAAUGUUUCAGAAUUUUGACUAUUUGUUUGUUAAUUCUAAAUGUAUGUAUGUCAAGAAUAAUUAUUGUCUUAUUAAAAUCAUGGGCUGAUUCCUUUUUGACAAUUUAAUUUUUUUAAACAGUUUGUUAUUGUAAUAACUCCUGCACAAAACAGAAGUCUAUCUUGGCUAUGUCUGUGCAAGUUGAUCUUUUUGUUACUUUAUUCAAAUUACCACAUUGUGGUUUGUUUUUAGCUCGACUAUUCACUGAGCUUUAUGAGCUAUACUGCUCGCCAAACUGUAAGCGGCCGAGUUAUGCUCGUAUUAAGGUAAACUAAGGUUAACAUGCGACAGCUCCAUUUCAAUAUUUCUUCUACAGGUAUUCAAUUGAAAUUCCACAUUUUUUUGUCAGGAUCAUCAUGGUACGUCACUGACCAAUUGUCUCAUAAAAUGUCACAAGACCUGUUGGCAUGAUACUAUCCCCACUUUUUAUGCCUUGAAUAAGGGCAUAUAGUCUGUCCAUCUGUCUUUCCGUCACACUUAAGGUUUAGGUUUCAAAAAAUGCUCAUAACUUCUAUGUCACUUCAGAUGUAACCUUCAUAUUUGGUAUUCAUGUGUAU